ACCGGAACUGGACCGGGAAUCCCAGGUCAAGGGUGAUUGCGUGUGAGCUGUAGAUGCUGCCGAUUACACACAUUUCAACUUCCAAAUAACCGUCCUAAUUUAUCGAUAAAAUGGCGAGUGGAAGACGUUUCUGGGUUGGUGGAAACUAUAAGAUGAAUGGGAGCAAGGCGUCAAUCGACGGACUUCUGAAGAUGCUGGAAGAAUCCCAGAUUCCUGGAAACACCGAUGUUGUCGUCGCGCCACCCACUGUCUACCUCGACUACAUGAACUCCAAGAUCCCGGCAGGAGUCUUUGUGGCUGCCCAGAACUGCUACAAGGUCCCCAAAGGAGCCUUCACCGCGGAGACAUCCCCUGCCAUGCUGCAGGACCUGGGCGUAGGAUGGGUGAUCCUGGGCCACUCUGAGAGGAGGCAUGUCUUUGGAGAGUCUGAUGAGUUGAUUGCACAGAAGGUCGCCCAUGCUCUCAGCUGCGGACUCAAGGUGGUGGCAUGCAUCGGAGAGAAGCUGGAUGAGAGAGAAAAGGGUCAGACCAACGAGGUAGUCAAUCGCCAGAUGAGAGCUUUAGCCGAUGUGAUCAGCGACUGGGGCAACGUAGUCAUCGCUUACGAGCCGGUCUGGGCCAUUGGGACGGGUAAGACGGCCACGCCACAGCAAGCACAGGAGGUCCAUCAAAACCUGCGCUCUUGGUUAACAGAACAUGUGAAUGCAGCAGUAGCGGCCAACACACGGAUUGUAUAUGGAGGUUCAGUAAAUGGUGGUAACUGCUGUGACAUAGGACAGCAACCUGAUGUAGACGGCUUCCUGGUGGGCGGGGCAUCGCUGAAACCCGAGUUCAAACAGAUCAUUGCUGCAGGGAGUGCAUAAUGCAGGAUUUUAAAACUACAGUCAAACCUGCCUCAGUGACCACCUGUCUACAAAGACCACAUGUUUUGUUUCCCUUGAAAAUUGUUUCUCAUUGAAACAUGUACUAAAGGAACCUGUCUACAAAGACCACUUUUUGUGUUUCCCUUGGGUGGUCGCUAUAGUCAGGUUUGACUGUAUCAGUAUAGUGCGUGAUAUAUUAUAAGUAAUAUAUAUAUUUCCUUUAUUGUAGAGGUACUUAGUACUCCCUUUUGUCCAUUACAGCAGACAUAUAUUUAGGCUCUUUUCUAUAUGCCCACUCAAAUAAUAUCCCUGGGCCAUAAUGUAUUUGUAACCCUAAAAGGGUGGGUAAAAUUUUACCAAAUAGUAUACUUACUAGGUAAUUUUAUGAAAUAUCAUGUAUGGUAAUACUAGCUCGUUUAUUUCAAAAUUUCUAGUUUGAGUGUUUUAGAGACCAGUGUUUAUUGCAUGAAGCUACUGUAAAGCACAGUGCAAUCCUUUUGUGAAUUAGCCCAUUGUGUGUGCCAUUUGGUACCUGUGGCGUACCAUCAAAUGUGCCAGUUUCACACUAGUGGCAAGUAAAAGGUUUAGGCAUUAGUCGUGUGUAUUUUAUACACCAAUCAGAGCCAUAUAACAUUAAAUUUGUAACAACAAGAUACAUAGAUUCUUAAAGGCUACUGAAGUCACUGCUUUGGAUUGGUUAGGAGCGAUUUUGUUGCAGAAUUUUGGCAGUUUUUAAUGACCAAGUUUUGUGAAACACUCCCCUGGUCUGGCUGCUGUCAAUGCCCAUGUCAUCUGUAACUGGGGGCUUCAAGUAUUCCUAGCAAAACUCUACAAAAAUGUAUACUUCCAGGACAAGGUGCUGAAGCAAUGAAGGAAUUUCUUCCUACCAGGUACCCAUGCAAUUCACCUGGGUCAAGGGUGGCAUAUGUAGGCUAUAUUUUUAGGAAGAACCUUGGUACCAUGACAGGGAUUCUGAUCACAUACCAUUUAUGAUAUAUACUCCACUGCCUAUUCACAAGAUCAUAAUGACUUUUGUUUGUUAAAUUCUUUUUUGUUAUCUUUUGAAGGCCCUUUGUUAUGUCACCAAAGAGAUAAGAGUGUUUUUAAAUUGUAAAUGGGUCUGUAUGUAGCUUAACUGCAAAGCAGUGAUAAUGUGAUAGAGAAUUAUUGGAAUAUGUUUAUAGGACCUUGACCUAUUCUUACGUAGGUAGAGAAACAUGGGAACAGACAGAAUAAGGAUUUAACAGUUUUUCUGGAAAUUGUGUCAAAUUCUACAUUUCAUGAUUUUUGUUGUUUACAUCAACUCUUUAUUUACCUUGCAAACACUCUCCCUGUGCCACAUUGUAUUUGUCAUGGGAUCGAUAUAGCAAAGGCUUCAAGAGUGUUGAACCGUUUCAAGUGUUAAAAGGGUUGCAAUGGAGCUAAUUAAAACCUCUUUGUUGCAGGUGCUUCUUGUUUUUUGUGCAAAAUUGCAUGUGUUGCAAACAAGGGACCGUGCAGAGAAGUGAAAGAAGCAACUAAAGUGUUAACAAACUUUGGCUCUUGUGCAGUAUAGUAUUGCAUUGAAAUAAUUUGGGGUUAUGUCUUAUUGGAGUAUGAAGUAAAUAUGUGUGUAUUCCCUUCUGAAGUAGUAUGUUUCCAUUAGAGUAUCCCAUCAAUUCUUGUAACAUUAGACUAUACCAAAUGAUUUAUCUUAUACAUAAUCGCAAAGGCUAUCAAAAUUAGAGAUGAACUUGAGUUCUGGUAAUGCGAUUGCAUUGUGAAAGAAAAGGUGUUGAAAGGAUCAGAAAAGUUGAUCAU